AUGAAAAGAAUAAGAUUACCUUGGUUUAAUACGGGAGCUUCAUACUCGAAUCUUAAUGAUUCUCCUAGCUCAAGAAGUAAAAAUAAUUCUAAUAAUAACUCUCGUUUCGAAAAAUAUCGUUCACUCACAAGAUUUGAUUUGAUCAACUCCAUACUACUAUUUGGGAUGCUAUUUUUACUGGCUGUCUUCAUCAUUGCAUUAUAUUUAACAAGGAACUCUAGGCUCACGUACUCGCAUGCUUCGAGGGCAGUUUUAUUUAACCCUUUGGCUGUGAUAUCAGAGUCACUGUCAAAUCAUACGUUAAACUAUGAUCCAGAAGCUAGGGAAUCAUCCAAGAAAUUGUACGAACUUCUUUCUGAUUUCAACACAGCCUACUAUGAUGACGAGAAUAUGAUUUUAGGAAGCAACUUAUUUUCAAAGAAUACAUACUCAAGACAACCAUAUGUGGCUAACGGUUAUAUUGGCAGCCGUAUCCCCAAUAUUGGGUUUGGGUACGCAUUAGACACUCUGAAUUUUUAUACUGACGCGCCAGGUGCCUUAAACAACGGCUGGCCCUUAAGAAAUCAUAGAUUUGCUGGUGCGUUUGUAUCAGACUUUUAUUGUCUAGAACCGAAACUAAACUCAACAAACUUCCCCGAAUUGGAUGAUGUAGGAUAUUCUACCGUUAUUUCAUCCAUUCCACAAUGGACUAAUUUACAGUUCUCGAUAGCAAACGAUUCUAAAUGGUUCAAUCCCCAAAACGUUACUUUGGAUGAUGUAACCAACUACAGCCAAAAUUUGUCGAUGAAAGAUGGUAUUGUAACUACCGAGUUAGAUUGGUUAAGUGGUCAAGUACAUGUUAAAAGUGAAAUUUGGGCACACAGACAUAUUCAUCCACUGGGCGUAGUUUCUUUAGAAAUCUCUCUGAAUACGAACCAUUCACUUUCAGGUUCUGAUUCUUUAGAUGUUAAUAUAUGGGAUAUACUCGAUUUCAGCACAUCGCAUAGGACAGUUUUACACACUACGGGAACAGACGAAAAGAACAAUGCAAUCUUCAUGAUUGUUCAACCAAAUAACGUGCCAACCUCUAAUUGUGCUAUUUACUCAACAUGUACUCUAAGGUAUGAAAAUUCUACAGAAGCAAUCAACUCUCGUGAAUCCUAUGAAGAUGGAAACGCUUCAUCAAACGUUUAUAACGUUGUUUUAACGGAGGAUCAACCCAAAAUAAUUGUUCAUAAAUAUGUUGGUAUUAUGUCUACUGAAUUUAACAAGAACAAGGACCAGCAAGACAACACUAAUAUAGAUCUAGCCAAAAUGAUAGCUUGUAAUAGUAAAGGUAAUUACGAACGGCUUUUAUCAAGUCACAAGCGUGCAUGGUAUGACCUUUACAAUGAUGCGUUCAUUGAAAUUCCCUCUGACAGUCUUUUAGAAAUGACUGCAAGGUCGUCCCUCUUUCAUUUACUGGCAAAUACUAGAGACUACAAUGUUUCCAGCGAUAGAGGUCUACCUGUGGGAGUUUCUGGUUUAUCUUCAGAUUCCUAUGGUGGUAUGGUGUUCUGGGAUGCCGAUAUAUGGAUGGAACCUGCCCUAUUACCUUUUUUUCCUAAUGUGGCUCAAAAUAUGAAUAAUUACAGAAAUGCUACUCAUUCCCAGGCAAAGCUAAACGCAGAGCAAUAUGGGUAUCCAGGAGCCAUAUAUCCUUGGACAUCUGGUAAAUACGCAAAUUGCACUUCCACAGGUCCUUGUGUUGAUUAUGAAUAUCAUAUCAAUGUUGAUGUUGCUAUGGCAUCUUUCUCCAUAUACUUGAACGGCCAUGAAGGAAUUGAUGAUGAGUAUUUGAGAUAUACCACAUGGCCAAUUAUCAAGAACGCAGCUCAAUUUUUUACUGCUUAUGUUAAAUACAAUUCGUCUUUAGGGUUGUAUGAAACUUACAAUUUGACAGACCCAGAUGAAUUUGCAAAUCACGUUAACAAUGGAGCUUUCACGAACGCUGGUAUUAAAACGCUUCUAAAGUGGGCAACUGAUAUUGGUAAUCAUCUUGGCGAAGUCAUUGACCCCAAGUGGAGCGAAAUCUCUAGAGAUAUCUAUAUUCCCAGAUCCUCGUCUAAUAUCACUUUGGAAUACUCUGGAAUGAAUAGUUCAGUGGAGAUUAAGCAGGCAGAUGUGACUUUGAUGGUUUAUCCACUUGGGUAUAUCAAUGACGAAUCUAUUUUAAAUAAUGCAAUUAAAGACCUUUAUUAUUAUUCAGAAAGGCAAUCUGCAUCUGGACCAGCAAUGACGUACCCAGUUUUCGUCGCGGCAGCUGCCGGCCUAUUGAACCAUGGUUCUUCUUCCCAAAGUUAUCUGUAUAAAUCGGUUCUUCCAUAUUUGCGUGCUCCUUUUGCUCAAUUUAGUGAACAAUCAGACGACAACUUCUUAACAAAUGGAUUAACCCAGCCGGCAUUUCCCUUUUUAACAGCUAACGGUGGAUUUCUACAGAGUAUUUUGUUUGGAUUAACAGGUAUUCGAUAUUCUUAUGAGGUUGAUCCAGAUACGAAAAAAAUCAAUCGUCUGUUAAGGUUCAAUCCGAUAGAACUUCCUUUGCUGCCCGGUGGUAUUGCUAUUAGAAACUUCAAGUAUAUGAACCAAGUUUUGGAUAUUAUCAUUGAUGAUCAUAAUGGUACAAUCGUUCACAAAUCUGGAAAUGUUCCCAUACAUAUUAAAAUACCAAAUAGAUCUUUAAUACAUGAUCAGGAUAUUAAUUUUUAUAAUGGCUCUGACAAGGAAAGAAAUUCAAAUAUACAACGUAGAGGAGUCGACCAUGUUGGUGACCCUAUGCGUAUGGAUCGGUAUGGUACUUACUAUCUCUUGAAACCUAACCAAGAGCUAACAGUUCAAUUGUUUAAGCCUGGUUUGAAUGCAGAGAAUAACAUAGCAGAGAAUAAACAAAUAACAAAUCUAACGGCCGGUGUUUCUGGCGACGUUGCAUUCUCUGCUUUAGAUGGAAAUAAUUACACACAUUGGCAGCCGUUGGACAAGACCCAUCGUGCUAAGUUAUUGAUUGAUUUAGGAGAAUACAAUGAGAAAGAGAUUACCAAGGGAAUGAUUCUUUGGGGUCAAAGACCCGCAAAAAACAUUUCUAUUUCUAUUUUGCCUCACUCUGAGAAAGCCGAGAAUUUAUUUGCUAACGUAACAGAAAUCAUGCAAAACGCAGGGAAUGGUCAACUUCUUAAUGAAACUAUUGGUCAACUUCUGGAUAAUGCCGGAAUUCCUGUUGAGAAUGUAAUUGAUUUUGAUGGUAUAAAACCAGAGGAUGAGGAAUCUUUAGAUGAAGUGCAAGCCUUGUUACAUUGGAAGAAAGAAGACCUGGCGAAAUUAAUUGAGCAAAUACCUAGGUUGAACUUUUUGAAGAGAAAAUUUGUUAAGAUUCUGGAUAACAUGUCCGUGAGUCCAAGCGAGCCAUAUUACGAAGCAAGUCGCAACCAAUCGUUGAUCGAGAUAUUGCCCAGUAAUAGAACCACUUUUACUAUUGAUUAUGGUAAAUUGCAGGUGGGUGAUAAAGGAAACACAGAUUGGAGAAAAGCAAGGUACAUAGUUGUGGCCGUACAAGGAGUGUAUGAUGAUCAUGACGAUGACAACAAAGGGGCUACAAUCAAAGAAAUUGUUCUCAACAGUGAAAACAAAACAAUUGCAUAUAAGUAG